AUGGGUUUCUUCGGUUGGGAUGACUCGCAAAAGCACCACGAAAAUGUCUACGGACAAAAGGAGCACGAGGGAAAGCUCUCCCACGAGCUGAUUGCCGGUGCUGCCAGUUUCGAAGCCUUCAAGGCCUUUGAAGACCACCGCCGCUCCGAGGGCAAACCCGUCUCGCACGCCUUCGCAAAGGAGGCUCUCGUCGGCCUCGUCGGUGCUGAGAUCGACAAGCUCGCCGAAACCAAGGGUCUCGACGAGUGGGACAAGCACGAGGCCAAGAAGCACGCCCAUGAGAACGUCCAGGGCCUGUACGACCAGCACUACGGUGGUCAGCAGCAGUAUGAUCCUAGCUACGGCCGUCCUAACCGCUGGUAA